AUGAAUUAUAGUUUUAGAACAACAGAUUUAGUAAUAUUCCUUCUAAUCAUUCAACUCUUAGGUCAUUUGAUUCUUCAUUGGAAUUCAUACAACUGUGAUAUGUAUGGAAACUUAUAAAUAUGCCUUUGGAUUGCUACUGUUUUAUUGAGAUAAUUGCUUUAACAUGCAUAAUUUAAUAAAUGGGCUUUAUUUAUGACUUUUUUAAUAACUGGGGAAUCAAUUUCAAUGAAUGUAAUAGCAAUUUAAUAAGAUGAAUGUUCUCAAAAGCCUACAUUCAUAUUUUAUUGCAUUUUAGGAUAUAUUUUAACUAUUUCUUCAUUAUCAAAAAUACUUGGUGUUAAUAAGAAACCUGAAAUAUUAAAAGUAGUUGAUACAUCGAGUCUAUGA